CCGGAAGACAACCCGCCAAUCAUGCCCACGAUAUAACUGAUACAAUAGGAUGAAGGAAUAUCUAAAACCUGAUCAUUCGUAUUGACCAAGUCUGCCCUUAAUUCAGUACGAAUCGAUCUAGGCCACAGAGAAAAGCAGUCCUACAGGUUAGUAUCAAAAGGCCGGAGAGCUUGCCACUGAUGUCAUCUCCUAUAUAAAUACUGCCUGCUUUAUUCGGUACUAGUAUUCAAUUAAUCACGGCUUGGAGUCAAUUUGAUUUUCAUCAUGUCCACAAACAAUAUUCCAACCCUCCGGUCUGUCCGGUCUGUGCAUCCUGCUCAGCGCUCAAACUCGUUCUCCAACCACACACAAGAACAAACACAAGGGCAAACACAAGCACAAGGACCGCCAAGCAAUAUGGUCAAGGCCGCGCUGACAGAGCUGCUCAAUGAAGGCGACGUCCGGUCGGAUGCGAGCCGGAGGACCUCCGUACAAAAUCUGCUGAUGAGGACGGAACACGACCUGAGGGAAGAACGGAGGGAGAUGCACCGUAUCCCCGAAGCUUGAGAGCCCGAGAUGCCUUUUUGCGAAUGUACAACUAUUAUUGGCGUGUACGAGAAUAAGACUGCUAUAAUUAGGUGAUCUCAUCGUAAGACAUGGCACGCCUGACCGGAUUUACCUUAUCUCCAUUCUUAUAGAUAUAAGCAGUCUUUCAGAGAGAUCAACAGUUUAAUUAG